CGCAAACAUAACCUAAAAAUUUAUGAAAUAUUUUUGAUAACCAUCGGCGUCUAUACUUUAAAAAUGGCUAAUGGUGGUGAAGACUUGAGAAAUGAGGUUCAAAGCCUUUCUUCUCUGUUUAAAGACGGCUUGGAUAACUAUAAUAGUAUAAUGAACAAUGAUCAGCCUACGAAUAACCCUGAUGUACAGAUGAAUAUCAAGAAAACUAUGAAGACAUUCGAACAAGCUACCCGAUUAGUAUCCCUCACAGAUAUUUUCAGCAAAAAUGAGGGAAUAGAGGAAGUAGCCACGAAUGAUCUCCAAUAUUUUCUCUUGCCAGCUUUUCUAGGAGGCCUUAGUCUAAAACUGACUUCUGGUGAGCGGAAAGAUAUUGUUGAUUGCGCAGAGAUUUACUACAAAGACUUUCUUGGCCGGUGUAACAAUUACGGUUUAAGUAACUAUCAGUUCGGCGACAAAGAAAACAAUACAAAUGAUUCGCCGAAAAGGGAAAAAAGUGAGUUUGAGCAGCUGGAAAUGGCUGUAAACACUAGAGCAAAUAAAAUACAAAGAUUUAAAGAACAAAAAGAAUUGAAAUCGAGACUGCAGGAUCUGAAGAAGAAUAUGGAAAACGAAUAUGUGGAUGAAGAGAUAAAAAGAAACUAUUUUCUUACUAUGAUCAAAUUAUUUAUUCAUGAAGCCAUCGAUGAACUAAAUAGCAUAGACAUGGAGAAACCGAUUUUGGAACAUAUCGCAAAUAUGAAAAAAGAUGACAAACCACAACCUAAACGACCACCUCCACCACCUUUGAAACCAAUAAUUAUAACAAAAGAUGAAGUUCAGAAAGCCGUCUAUGGAGCAGGAUAUCCUUCGUUGCCAACAAUGACGGUGCAAGAAUUUUAUGACAAGAGAGUUGAGGAAGGCAUCUUUCCGGAUCCGAAUAAAAAGAAAACCGGUCCAUUGAGUCUACAAGAAGCUGCCCUUGCAGGAGUUUCACUUGACGAUGAUAAAGAAGAAGAAGCUAAGGAAAAUCUAGUGGAAGAGGAUGAUGAAGAAUAUAUCGCUCGUAUGCGGGCAAAAGAUGAAUAUAAAGAUGAUCACAGAAGAGGCUGGGGCAACAGAAUGAAUAGGAGUUAGAUUUAGGGUAGUUUGCUUGGUUUGAUGCACUAACACUGACUGUUUUUUCUUUCUCGAUGUAAAUAGAUAUAUAUCUAAGAGGGUUCUUAACGUGCUGUGUAUGAUUUUCUAAAUAAUUCUCACUAUUUCUACAUUUUAAAAAUAAAAAAUUUUAAUUUAUCGUA